AUGGUUAAAAAACCGGCCUGCUCCUGGACCGCAUUCGUAGCCAACCGCGUAACCAAAAUCGCUCAAGCUACAAAGAUUGAGAAUUGGUCCCAUGUGCGGCCAGAACACAACUCAGCCGACCUAGCUAGUCGCGGCGUGUCCCUGCAAGAGUUGGGCGAUAGCACCCUAUGGUGGCAUGGCCCCCAAUGGCUACAACUGCCGAAACUUCAAUGGCCAGAAACUUCGGAUCCACACCCAGUCACGGACUUAGAGCAGCGCGCGGUGAAGGUUCAUUUCGUACAGCUCCCCGGUGAUGAUUUCCUUGAACGUUUCUCCAGACUGGACAAGGCCUUACGAGUCGUAGCUUACGUCCAAAGGUUCCUAAAUCGCUGUCGUAAGGCUCCGGCCAUCCAUUUGGAAGCCACCUCCGAUCUUACAACUGAAAAGUAUCUAGCAACGUUUGCUCGUUUUGUUGCUAGAAGAGGUUGUCCUCAGCGGGUCCAUCCCGACAACGGCAAAACCUUUGUUGGUGCCUCAAGUCUUCUUUCCUGUGACUUUACGCAAGCACUAAUGGAGUCGGUGACUGCAGCGUAUAGCUACCAGGGACUCGUGUGGCGUUUCAUACCCCCAGGAGCUCCUCAUAUAGGAGGCCUGUGGGAGGCAGGAGUAAGGAGUUUUAAAACUCUGUUUUACAAAUCCACGUCCGCUCGCAAGUAUACCUUCAAAAAGCUUUCCGCGCUUUUUGCUAAGAUUGAAGCCUGCCUUAAUUCCAAACCACUUUUUCCAAUAACUGAAGACCCGACAGAAUUGUUGGCACUGACGCCAGGCCAUUUUCUGAUCGGGGGUCCGUUGCUUUCCACGGCGGAGCCUGAAAUCAAAUGCGACGCCAUGUCGAUUAUAAACCGAUGGCAACAUCUCAAGGCCCAGCAUCAACAAUUUAGUUCGCGAUGGAAAGAAGACUAUCUAAAGGAACUCCACAAGCGCAACAAGUGGCUAAGUCCAUCCAGAAACCUAGAAGUGGACGAUAUGGUCGUUAUCAGGGACGAUAACUUGCCAUCAAACGACUGGCGGCUCGGCAGAAUAGUAGCUGCUAUACCAGGAGCUGAUGCUAGAGUCCGCGUCGUGGACAUCCUUACGUCUCGCGGAACAAUUCAACGUCCGAUCCACAAACUGGUUCUCCUUCCUAUGGAAGCUAAGGCAACCGCUAAAACUCCGCAAUAA